AUGAGCGAUAAAAAGAGGAAAGCGGGUGCUCAAGAAAGUGAUCGACCCCCCAAGAAGCCUCAGAGCACACGAGUCCGAGUCUCCCACAUCCCUGGCCCAGACGUCGCCAGACCGGUCGUCGCUUCAUCGCCUGGCAUUACCCUCCCGAGAGAUGUCAAGUUCAAGUCUUUCUCCAAGAAGAACCAGUCCGACCUACUCCUUCAUUCAACCUCACACCCGACGAUAGACUACACCGCUGUCGAGAACAACACCAGCAAUGCCGCCGAGAGACAUAUUCGGCACUAUCUGGCCGUCUUUGACCCGGUCAGCAACGAGCUGAAGGUGACCGAGGCCAAGAAGAUGACGGUGCGAAACAGCGUCCGCCAACUCGAGCAAACCCACGAAGACGACGAGGAACCCACUUCGAAUUUCCCUCCACCGACACCAUCCUCCCGAGCAGCCCUCACCGAAGCAUUCGGAACAAAGAAGUCAAAGAAAGCCGUGGCUUCAAGCGCAGAGAAUCGUCUGCUAGCCCGAGGGGGCGACGACGCGGACAAUCCGAUCUCCAAUGCAAUCCUCUCCACCAUCAAGGACGAAGACGGCCUACCGUUCAACAACAUAGCCAACAGCGUCGAAGCGGAAGCGGUGUCACGAUCCAACAAGCCUCUCCCCCAAGCAGACCUCUCAGCCACGGAGAUCCGCCACGUCUAUCCCCUCUCCGCCCUCGUCUUCCCAGCACCGGCGCGCACGACCCUCUCUCAAAUGCCAGUUGCCGACUGGCGGGACAAGAUCAAAGCAAAGGAAGCAGUCGAAUCACGGUCACGCUUCGUCGCCAACCGUGUUUCCUACCUUACGCGAGCUUACCUGGCCAACCCGACGGACGAACAACCGCUGCGCGCCCUCCAAAUCCUGCGCUACAUCCACCUCCUCCUCGAAAUCCACAACUACAUCUCGCGGCUCCCCCAGCGGCGCGCCGUCCCACCACCAGAGAAAUGGCCCGCCAACGCCAUCAGCGACACGAGCCUGUCGAUGGCGUUCCUCGGAAAACUCACCGCGCACUUCCUCCCCACCGGCCAGCCGACCACACACGCCAAGACGCUGCUCCAGACCACCAUCCUGGCACUGACGCUGCACGUCCCGCCGCCGAAAUUCCAGCCCGAGUCCAAAGUCCUCGCCACGGACCCGACGGACAUGGCGCUCGACCUGGCGCUGCAGCCGGCCGAGGCGGCGAAACUGUUCCGCGAGCUCGGCUGCAAGAUGGAGUCGAUGACGGAUGCGGAACUGCGCGCCGUGGGCUGGGACAAAAUUGCCGGGAGGAAGGUCGUCACCGACGACGGCAAGGAAAUUGCCCUGCCGAAGCCCAAGUGGGCGAAGCUUAGGUUUCCGAUCCAGUUCCCAAAGGUCAGCACUGGUCGGCCACAGGCUGGUAGGCGCUAG